ACUACCUUUUCCUCUGGUGGCAUUUCUCCGGGCAGAGAGAUGCCAUCCUGGUUGUUCUUGUAGCCCACGAGGAAUUUCUUACAGUUUACCUAAGUUCGCGCUCGCUUUACUCAAAAAACCCCAGUCCCGGCACCACUAACCAACCCACAUCUGGCCUAUCACAUUACGCUAAAAACCGGGUGACUGGUACUCUACUACGACCCUUCUCGAAUAUAAAAUUAACCAGCUCAACAAACUGAAAACAAAAAAAAAGAAAAGGAGUCUGGAGUUGGGAAAUAUUUUUUAUCGGAAAAGGAGCUGUGCAGUGGUUUAGUGAUCAUCCCAUCCUCGCGACAUCUCUUGAGAAAGUAAAAGGAACAUGCCGCCCAAGCGUCAAUCCUCAUCUUCGUCCACCACUACAACCACAGCUGCUGCACUUGGUGGGGUCACUAGUGGUGAUUUUUAUCCUGCCGAUGAAUUCACACGAACUGUAAAGAAGCGUUUGGCGACUUCUUCAAGAACUGGUCAAGCCUGUGAUAGGUGUAAGGUUCGCAAAAUCCGAUGUGACGGCCUGCCAGGAGGUUGCUCGCCAUGUAUCCAGAACCGAACAGAGUGCCGAACUACCGACCGUAUUUCGCAGAAGGCUAUCCCUCGUGGUUACGUAGAGAGUCUCGAGGCAAAAUGUGCCGCGCUUGAAGCUAAGAAUAAGGAGAUGGAUGCUGCGCUCGCGAGAAUGGGAUUUGAGAGUAGGAGCAAUGGUGCUAGUGGGACCAACGGAUUCGCUCCGCGAACCACCAGUGACUGGGGCAUAAGUGGCACCAAGGCUGGCUCUGAUGGAUCCUGGAAUCAGAGUAGUAGGAAAGGCUUCACUGGGCCCGGCCAGGGGAAUUUUCCCACCUCGGGCGGAUCUUGCUGUUCUUCUCAGACACCAGAGACGCUGUGCCAAUCAAUUCGGUCUGCGAGCUUUCGUCCCGGGAAUACCGGGACUCAUUAUUUGGGGAUUUCUUCGGGGUCUUCUUAUCUUAGUUCUAUCAAAGCUUCGGCUUUGUCUCUUCUUGGGAUUGAUAUUGACUUGUCAGACCUGGAUCCUAGUGAACCGAGUCAUCCCUCCAAUGCGAAUGAUGAAUCAUUUAGCAGUUGCCUUUCAACCAUCUUCAAUGUUAACCCAAAUGUGCCGAAGAUGGAACUACCGCCGCGCGAUGAAGCUUUUCAAUAUGUGGAUUGGUUCUUCCUCAUAUCCCACCCAUACCUACCCAUCCUUCACCGUCCAACCUUUAUCACAAUGCUUGAUAAAAUGUACACAGACAAGACCUACGAAGCUAGCCCUGCUCAGAUUGUGAUGGUUCAUAUGGUUUUUGCCAUUGUGCAUUUCCAGAAUGCGACGCGGGAUCGCAUGAAGAAUCGAGGUCACACUACACCUGCUUCAGUUGAGGUCAUGCAACGUUCACGCAACCACUACCAUUACGCCCUUUCAUUCUUUUAUGGUUUGCUUAGUCAUUCCGCCCUUGAAGAUCUCCAGGCCAUUGGAUUAAUCCUCCAACAUCUUCGCGCUUUCCCCAAACCCGGUGGAAGUUGGCUGUUAUCCCGAAUCGCAAUCUCGCUAUGUUUCGAGCUCGGUCUCCACCGGUCACCCAAGAAAUGGGUCUACCCUGGCUCGACACAGAAUAUCAUCGAAAUAGAACUGCGAAAACGAAUUUUUUGGUCCACUCUGACGUUGGAAACAUCCCUGAGCGCAAGACUUGGUAGGCCGAUGAGCAUACGGGCCGUAGAUUACGACGUUGAAUACCCCGAACGGAUUGACGACGAAUAUAUUACCGAAACUGGGUUCAUCAAGCGCGAUGAGAGCGUUGAUGAAUGUUCAUUCGAUGUCGCGAUUGAAAUGUUCAAGUUUACUACUCUCUAUAUCGAGAUGUUGGGAACAUUGUACACUCCUGCACGGCCUUCGACGGAGAAAUACGUCUCUCUUGUGCAAGAGCUCGAGGCCAAGCUGGAUGCGUGGAGGGCCCAAGCCCCCAAGAGCAUAGCUCUCGAUGCACCCAAGAUGGAAAAGAGAUUUCAGGCAGUGCACUUAGCUUCCUGGUACCAUGAAUGUCGAAUCCUCAUGCGCCAUCCAUCGCUGAGCCUUUCGCCAUCCCCCUCGUUUACGAGUGACUGCAUAACAAUAUGCGUUGACUCAUCACGCCAGAUUCUGCACCUAACAGACGAGCUGCGCAAAGGGAGCCAUUACUUGGACACAACUUGGUCCGGAACUACUAUUCAGCUUAUAGCUACGCUAACAAUACUGUUUUCCGUAUGGCAAAAGAGAGACACGGUUACUUCCGACGAGGUGAUACAAGUCAAGGCCGACAUGGAUUUGUGUAUGGACAUAAUGGGCGACGUUGGAAGUCUCCUGGGCUCUCCAAACAGACUACGAGAAGUAGUGCAACUCCUAACCCAUGGAACAAUGGAGCUUCUUAACCGUAAGAAAGAGCAAAACCCCCGCGCUGUGCCAACCGCCCGAGGGAGUGCAAACCCAUCAUACCCACCGUACACUACAUCCCCUCAAUACAACGCUCCGGCAACGGCACCUCCGGCGAUGAAAAUCCCAUCGACUUCUCAAGUCCCUCAGGACCAAUUCCAGCCUCCACUCUACCCGCCUCCGCACGACAACCGGCCCUCAAUCUUCAAUGACCCCGGAGUGGUUGUCUCACUGCCGGACACCAAUUUUGAAUCGUCACUCACCCACACAGGGCCAAUCUACAACCCGCAACCGCCCGUUUUUCCCCAGAGCACUGCUCCGUCAUAUCCAAAUAUUGAUUGGUGGUCGGGCAACGAAUCUUGGCGCGAAUAUACGCACUCAAUCUCCCACAUGGCGGGCGAAUUAGACCCGACAGAAACUUACUCUUCUGCCAGCGCACUUAUCACUCUAAACAGGGAUUGUAAUAACAGCAUCAUUCGCCCAGAUCCUCCCGCCCAGCAUAGCAACGCGAAUGUGAGCACUCCCGGUGGGAUCGUCCUAAGUACUGUUACCACGGCGGAGAGUCCGGGCGGGGUUAUUGCGAGCAGAAGCCCGUUUUCGCAAAGUAAUGAGCCACCGAAUGGCUGGCCAAUGAUGGGGAACUUUAGCUUUGGUGAUAGCUCUUUGGCAAGGGGUGGUGGGGAUGGGGGUGUGCCUUGA